GCUGCUUCGACAGUCAAUAUCAAAAAAUAUGUACUCCAAAGUUCUAUCCAUAUUUGCCUUGGCUGCAUUAGCACAAGCCGGUGUUUUGGACUACGGUCAUGCCAGCUCAUAUUCAUCAUCUCAUGUAGCAUCCCCAGCAGUUCAUGCGUACUCCGCGCCCUUAUACGCCAAAGGAGUUCAUCAUGAAGAUUACAAUGCUCAUCCUAAAUACGAAUUCAACUACGGUGUAGAAGACGGCCACACCGGAGACCACAAGUCCCAGCACGAAUCGCGAGACGGAGAUGUUGUUAAAGGGUACUACACCGUUGCCGAGCCCGAUGGUACCUUGAGAACCGUGCAUUACACCGCUGAUGACCACAACGGUUUCAACGCUGUCGUGGAAAAAUCCGGUCAUCCAGUCCAUCCUGCUCCGACCCACGGAAAAGCUCAUCCUAAAUACGAAUUCAACUACGGCGUACAAGACGGCCACACUGGAGACCACAAGUCCCAGCACGAAUCGCGAGACGGGGAUGUUGUUAAAGGGUACUACACCGUCGCUGAGCCCGAUGGUACCUUGAGAACCGUGCAUUACACCGCUGAUGACCACAACGGUUUCAACGCUGUCGUGGAAAAAUCCGGUCAUCCAGUCCAUCCUGCUCCGACCCACGGAAAAGUUAUUGUGCCAGUUCCCUCUCAUCACGCCCCCCAUGACUACUACCAUCAUUAAUUUAAUGGACUAUAAACGAUUGAUUAGUUAUAGUUAAAUUAUUGUUGAAAAAUAAAAAUAUAUUUAUUAUUGAGCUAAAUAUCUUUAAAACAGAUGGAGCUUUAAAAAAACAAAA